UCACGCUUGACACAGCCGGAAGUACGCAUGCGCGAACAUUUACACAGCAGGUAAACUCCACCAUGGCGGCGAGAGGCCAUGUGCAAGAUCCCAACGACAGGCGACUCAGACCUAUUUAUGAUUACCUUGAUAAUGGCAACAAUAAGAUGGCAAUACAGCAGGCAGACAAACUGCUGAAGAAACACAAGGACCUCCACUGUGCCAAGGUCUUAAAGGCCAUCGGCCUCCAGAGGACGGGGAAGCAGGAUGAAGCCUUCUCAUUGGCCCAGGAGGUGACCACCCUGGAGCCCACCGACGACAACUCUCUGCAGGCGCUGACCAUCCUGUACAGGGAGAUGCACCGCCCCGAGCUGGUCACCAAGCUGUACGAAGCGGCGGUGAAGAAGGUCCCGCUCAGCGAGGAGUAUCACUCUCACCUCUUCAUGGCUUACGCCCGCGUGGGAGACUACAAGAAGAUGCAGCAGGCAGGAAUGGCCUUGUACAAAAUUGUCCCCAAGAAUCCAUAUUACUUCUGGUCUGUCAUGAGUCUGGUGAUGCAGGCGAUCUCAGCAAAGGAUGAGAAACUGGCCCAGACCAUGUUCCUGCCUCUGGCCGAGCGCAUGGUGGAGAAAAUGGUGAAGGAGGAGAAGAUCGAAGCCGAAGCAGAGGUGCAGCUGUAUUUUAUGAUCCUGGAGCGUCUGGGGAAGUGUGAAGAAGCUCUCGAUGUGAUCAGGGGUCCACUGGGAGAGAAACUGACCAGUGAGCUGCAGAGCAGGGAGAGGAAAUGCAUGAUGCUCUACACUCGACUGGAACGCUGGCCGGAGUGUAACGCCCUGGCUCAAAAGCUGCUGCUGAAAAAUCCUGACGACUGGCAGUUCUACCCCUCCUACUUCGACUCUCUGUUCCACCUGAUGGACCAAUGAAGCUCGGGUGUUGGGGAAAAGGAGGCGGCGCUCUCACCAUGUUUCUGUGUCUCCAGCUGCUCAGAGGGUUCAGUGCAUCACACCGUGGCCGAGGUGGUGAGGUUUGUGGAGGAGAGAAUCAAAGUAGAAGACGAAAAAGACUCUCGCUCUCUCAGAGGGCCUUACUUAGCCCGGCUGGAGUUGAUGCACCGACUGAGAGAGCGAGGCUACCCUGAGGAGAACCUGCCAGGCGAGCCUCUUGACCUGAUGGUGCAGUUCUUCAGGAAGUUCGGAGACAAGCCGUGCUGCAUCACCGACCUGAAAAUAUACCUUCAUCUGCUGACUCCGGACCAGCACGUCCAGUUUAUUAACCGGCUGAGUGAAAUGGUUCCACUGGGGGAGCAGGGAGAGGAUGGCUUCGCUUUCCCAGAGGACACCAAGUCCCUACAGAGGCAUCUGUGUGUCUGUCAGCUGAGUCGGGCCCUGGGGUUGCAUCACUCCCUGGACGUCAGCGGGAAGCUGCGCCUCAUCGCCGAGCUCAAGGCUCACUAUCACCACGGCCUGAAAUUUGGGAGCAGCGCCCUGAAGACCGAGCUGCAGUUCUCUGACAUGUACUGCCUCAUGGCGGCUCAUGUGUACAUAGACCUGUGGACAGAAACAGGAGAUGAGGACAUGGUGUGGCAGUGUCUGGGCCUCCUAGAGGAGGGUCUGUCUCACAGCUCCUCCAACGCCCAGUUCAAGCUGCUGCUGCUGCGCCUCUACUGCCGCCUGGGCUCCUUUGAGCCUGUGGUGGACCUUUACUCCAGCCUGGACGCCAAGCACAUACAGCACGACACCAUCGGGUUUCUUUUAACGCGUUACGCCGAGUCUCUGGGUCAGUUCUCCGCUGCCUCCCAGUCCUGCAACUUCUCCCUCAGGUUUUUCCACUCCAACCAGAAAGAUACCUCCGAGUACAUCAUCCAGGCGUACAAGUACGGCGCGUUUGAAAAAAUCCCAGAGUUCAUCGCUCUCAGGAACCGGCUGAACCAAUCGCUGCACUUCGCCCAGGUCCGCACGGAGAGGAUGCUGCUGGACUUGUUCCUGGAGGCGGACGUCGUCUUGAGUCUAGAGGAAAGUGUUAAGGCCAUGUCUUUGUCUUCAGAGGAAGACGAUGUCCCCUGGGAUACUUUAAGGGACAACAGAGACCUUACUGUAUUCACAAACUGGGACCCUAAACAAAGGCAGUUAACAGACGAGCAGCGGACUCGCUCUCUGGAGGAGGAGAAAGCCUGGCUGCGGAUCCGCUCGUUGACGUUGCGCCUGCUCGCCUCGCUCACGCCGUCGGGACACGCCGCCUCGCAGCAGAACUCUGAGAUGUCCAACGAGAACGGCGUCGGCGACAGGAGCUCGCUCCACCGCAGCCUGCUGUCGCAGCUCAACCAGACGCUGCACGCCGCGGCGCAGAUCGCAGAGAAACAAAUACAGUACCCCCUGCUGGGCCCCCCCUCCACCCGGCUGGCCUCGGCGCUGUCCAUCGGCAGCUGCCACUGUCAGGCUGCGGCGCUGCAGCUCUCUGUCCACCUGCAGGAGCUGGAAUCGGCCGGACUCGACGAAUCGUCGGAGCUUCAAAUUCAGAUCUGUAACGUUUUUAAGUCAUUAGUUGUUCAACUUCAAGAAAUACUUAAUAAAAGCAAAGGAGACUUAUUGGAAAUGAAAGGGAGCAAAUUAAAAACCCAACCAUCUUUAUUAGAAAAUCUAGUUUUCUUUCUUGAGACAGUGAGCAUAGUGUUGUGGAGUGCUAGCUACUGUGCCAAGAUCCUGCGACCACUGAAGACAAGUUUACAGAAGAAGAAAAAGAAGAAAAAGGAUGCCAAUACUGCAAUGCCGUUGGUGGUGUGUGGAUUCCAGGAGCUGACUGGGAACUUGCAGGACUUACUUACCCAGGCAGUGGAGCACAUCAGGGGGCAAGAGUCUGGCAUCACUGCCCUAAAACUGGCCAGUUUAACCUUGGAAGGAUGCUCAAGGGAGGAGGCGUCGUUUACGAAGGCUGCUAUGGACAAGGUGCAGAGCAGUUACCUGCGCUCGCUACAGGAGGUGGGAGAUCUACUCAAAAAGAGAACCGAAACUAUAAAGAACCUUAAAAUCUGAAAAAAAACAAAAACAAACCAACACACCCUGGACUGAAGAUGACUGUACGCCCCUCACUCCAUCACCUACCGGCCCACCAGCUCUAUCCCUGCGAGUCGAGCAGAAAACCUGGCCACGCUGUCCGGUUCCGAUCCAUCCUCACUACUUUCUGUCUGGAGCUCUUAUUUUUCCUCCCCCUGCCCCUCUGGACCACCUGCAACUCUAAUAGCACAUAAAGCCUGUAAGUGGAAAAAAACCCAAAAAAAACCCUCAUGAACUGAUGCAGCAUCUGCGAAAAUUAAAAGCAAAACAAAACAAAAAAAAAAAAAAGGUGCACACUCUUUUAAAGAAUUAUCUUACAUUAGGAAGAAGAAAAAAUGAAUAUACAGUUUUAGAAUCUAAUAAAUUAUUGUACAUAAUAUAAACCGUAACUCCUCGACUGAAUGAGAGUAUAAGACACAACGAACCACUAUCCCGUCUGUCGGCGAGUUUCCUGUUUUCCGGUGACGUAGAGAACAAUCACAGCGAGACGCACAACUUCAGCUCUGACGGAGGAGGGAUCCGUCGACGUGCUGCUUUUUUUUUUUUCUUUUCUUUUUUUUUUCCUCGCUGCUUCUAUUUUUCCUAAUAAAUUUAACAGGUUUUUUUUUUUUUUUUUUUCCGGCAGCCGAGCAGGCAGCCAUUCAGACUGACAGAUAAAUCUCCCUCCUGCGUUUCAGAGUAGUUUUGUCUUCUUUUGUUGCAGUUGGCUUUUUUGCGUAUGGUGUGUGUUGCUUUGAACCACCUGUAGUUACAGUAUUGCAAAGAGACGAGCUAAUUUUUAUUUUUUAUUUUUUUUAAUAAAUGGUGUGUCCAUGUAUCUUUUUUUCUUUUUUCCUUUUUUUUUCCUUUCUUUUUUUUCUUUCACAGAAGUGGUGCUUGUGAACAAGUCUGUUGACCCGGUUUAAACUCGACUGAUUCCCAUUAUUUAAGGAUCGUUUCGAGCGACGAUCCAAACUUGAAUGUUUACCAGGAACACGCGCUGCUCUGGUGGGAAGAAUCCGUCUCUAUGCAACCGACGGAUACCGUUGUAUGUAGUGACACACUUAGAAACGCCCAUUUGCCAGACGCUUGAGUGUGUGCGUGUUUGCGUGCGUGUGGGUGUGUGUGUGUGUGUUGCGAUCAUUCUGCUCUGGGACGGGUCUCCAACCAAUAGAACAUUGGACCUAAGUGUAAAUAAAAUCUGAGCGCAGCCUUUUCGAAGGACUUUGUGUUUGUUUUUUUGGUUUUUUAAGCAGCUAAAGUAGAAAGGGAUCAUUUGUCCCUCCCUGUUUUGACACCCACUUUUAAAAAAAAAACAACUGAAUCUUGUCAUGUUUUUUUUCCAUUUUUAUUUUAUUUUAUUUUUUUUUUACAAACUGCCUCACUCGGGGGAGCACUGAUGACUGUUGAACCCCUUGUUGGGGUUUUUGACUUCAGCAUUGAAAUAUGAACAUAUAGUAAACGGUAUCCCUAAUAACGCCUUUCUAUUUCCUCUGUUUUUUGUCAUAUCCGAUAAUUAACACCCUGUAUUGUUGUUUUUAAAAGUCGAGCCCUUUUUUUUUUUCCAAUUCAUUUUAUUUUUUGUCUGGUUUUGUGGCUGCAGAAAAGAUGUCGGUGAUCUUACAUGUGCUCACAAUAAGGGUUUGACAAUCUAGUGUCGUCUCAUCGCCCCCUUUGUUAGAAAAUGGAAAAACACAAACACUGGAAUGUCAAAGCUUUUUUUUUUUUUUUUUUUUAAAUAAAAAGAGUAAAUGUGACAAUUUGUGCGUAAUGUUGUCUCUUCACUACAACAGAAAAAAAGCCAGAGUUCCUUAGAUGCAUUUUCUAUUCACAUCUUAUGAACUUUUUCACAUUUUCUGUUACAUUCAAUGAUGUUACCUUCUUAAAGUGAUGGCCCAAGUCAUUUCUCAUUUUUGCCAAGUGAGGGUUUUUUUGGCAUAAGAUGAUUUAUGCCAUCAUAUUAGGAUGCUGACAAUUUCUGGGUUUGAUGUGCCAGACAAACAAAGCAAACACAUUCUUUGCAUCCUAUUAGAAUGUUAAUUAAAUUGGAUCAAGAGGGCCUGAACAACAUUUUUUCUGGUUUUGCAACAGAUUCUGAAUUUAUUUUAUUUCCUGACUUUAGCAGGGCUAUUCCAACAAAAUCAUGCUCUGAUUUAUACCAUUCCAAUGUACUGCAUGUUUAGUAUUGUUAUAGGAUUGUGUGAUAGGUUUUAUAUGCAAGGAAAUUUUAAAGUUGCAGAAAUGUUUUUUCUAAUAUAGCAUUGUGUUCUCCAUUGCUGGUCUGGCACAUGAAGUCCACUGAAUUCAGUGGGUGUGAUGAUUUCUAUCAAACUUGAUAGAAAUGAAAAAGUUAAAAAUUGAAUACUUUUGCAGGAUGCUGUUAAAUAACUUGUAUGACUAAAUAAUUUUUACGCAGCUCAAACUAAAGAGUUGAGUCUGCUGUGAAAGAUUACUAAAUGUUUUUCUGAGAUAUUUAAUUUGUCAGACAAACAUCUGACAUUUGGAAGAUUCUUAAUCAUUUUUAAACCUCUUUGGGUUUGACUUUU